AUCCAUGCUUCGUCAGCGCACGGUCUAGAGAAGCAGCUGCUGAGAUGACUCCGAGCACCGAGGUCCAGCCAAGCUUUGAGGACGUUUUUAAUAUCCUGUCCCGGAUCCCAGAAGACAAACUCCUCAACCUCAAAUACAAGCUGAAGCACUUGAUGUUUAAGCCCUGCAGCAAACUGCUGCAAGCCAUGGUCCUGCUCACGCUGCGGCGGGAGGCGGACGCCAGGAUUUGCCUGGACGCUCUGAGGGACGAGCAGGCGGCCCGGUACGUGCACAGGACCAGACUGGGCCCAGCGGGAGCGCAGGAGAACGGGGAGGAUCCGCAGCCUCCGGAGCUGGAUGCGGAGGCCAUGGUGCUUCUGGCACGGAUCUACUCGCUGCUGGCGGACGAGAACCUGUGCGGGCGGGAAGCCGUGGUCAGGGCCUACCGGAGGGUCAUCGAGGCCUGUGGCGCCAGCAGGGACCCGCAGCAGGAACCGCUCAGGAGCAUCCUGGCCGAGGCCCAGGAAAAGUGCGGAGCCGCCCUGGGCUUCGUGGGCUCCGGCAGCCGCUUCCAGCCGCUGAGGUCGGACCUGGCCCUGCGCGUGAAGGGGCUGCUGGAGGCCAUGGGGGUCCCCGACGGCGCCACCUUCUCCGGGGACUUCCUCACCGGCGGCCGCGGGCAGCUUUCCUGUUUCCAAGACGCGAUGGAAAACUCCGCUUUCACCAUCCUUCUGCUGACCAAGAACUUCCUCUGCCAGCCUUGCAUGUUCCAAACAAACUCAGCUCUCAUGCAGUCCAUCGAGACGCCAUCCAAGUACAACUCGGUCAUCCCUUUUGUACCCAGGGAAAACCCCUUGGAAGACAGCGAGAUUCCCUUCUUUCUGCGAGGGCUGGUGCCCCUGAACGAGAACUCGCCCAUGUUCUCCACCAGGGUGAGGAACACGUUUACCCGCAGCAAGGUCAGCGAGCAGAAAGCCCUGUGGAAACAGAGGCAGCAGGUCCAGGAGCAGCAGAGGAAACUGCAGCUCUACCAGGAGCACUGGCGAAUCCUGAGACGCUUAUCCGAGCUCAACCUCGGCUCCCUUCCGCGGGCGCCGUGGCCGUCGGAGCCGGGAGACGCUCAGCAGGUCCUGGAGCAGCUCCAGGCUCUGUGGUCGGCCCCGCAGUGCCCGUUUCCCACCUCUGCCCAGCCGGGUCCUUCUCCUUCCCACACGUUUUUCCAGCCCCGCGGGAUGCCGGCUGCGGGCAGCGGGCAGCACCUCAUCAUCAUCCAGAACGCGAAGAUGGUGCAGAUCGGGGACCACAACGUGAUGCGCGUGCGGACGGCCCCGCCGGCUCCCGAGGACGGCGAGGAAGACGGGGAGAAGCCUUGA